GUUGUCUUUCUAUCCUACAUCCCUCUUGUGUGUUGCUCGGACGCCGUGCGACGGGUAGGCGGAAGAGAAAGAGGGAGAGAGAUGAUUCCUUUCGUCUUUGAAGCCAUUAUUUGCGUUCUUUUCCUUACUAAUCCCCACAUAAUUUCGGGCUUUAUCGUUCGGCGUUUUCGCUCCUGCGAGCAGACUUUCCUCUCUAACGUCAGGGAAUCCAGCCGUGUCUAUUCUUCAGCUGAGCCGUGGGAUUGCGUAUCCGGGGAGUUUCUGAGUUGUCUUGUGUGGGGCGCCUUUGCUUUAUGCGGUAGGUCUAGCAUGACUUGGGAAAUAUUCGUAUUACUUACCAGCGGUGAUUUGUCUUGAUCUGUGUUAUAAAUAGAAGUCGUAGUGCUAUUCCCACUUCUGAUAUCUCGAUAUAUCUUGAUAAAUCCUGCAGGUAUGUGCCGAUUGAGU